AUGCCUCCCUCCGCAACGGACCCCACCCCCUCUGCUGCCACCGGCAAAGGCACCACCAACAGUCAAGAAUCCUCGGCCUCCUCUGCCAAGGUCAAGAUGCAAUUCCCUAAACCUCCAGUCUUUGAAGACAAGCUCCAAGAACGAGAAUACCUGAAAGGCCGUCUUGCCGCUGCAUUCCGCAUUUUCGGCAAGAACGGCUAUGACGAAGGAGUAGCAGGCCAUAUCACCGUCCGUGACCCAGUCGAUCCUACCACAUUCUGGGUAAACCCGUUCGGCGUCUCCUUCAGCCAGAUCAAAGCCAGUGAUCUGAUUCAGGUCGAUCACUCCGGGAACGUGAUCGAUGGGGGUCCCUGUCGUCUUCUCAACGCAGCAGCUUUCAUGAUACAUUCGGCCAUUCAUGCGGCGAGGCCUGAUGUACUUUGUGCGGCGCAUAGUCAUUCCCUCUAUGGGCGGGCGUUUUGUAGCCUCGGGCGCGAGUUGGAUAUCAUAACGCAGGAUGCGUGCGCAUUCUAUAAUGUAGAAACCCCUUUCAAUAUAUUUGCGGACCACGUCGUCUACCGCCAAUUCAACGGUGUGGUGCUAGCCGAAGAGGAAGGGCGAAACAUAGCGAGCGCACUGGGGUCCAAGAAGGCCGCGCUCUUGCAAAACCACGGCCUCCUCACCGUGGGGAAGACGAUUGAAGAAACGGUAUUCUGGUUCGUUAGUCUGGAGAAAUGCUGCCAUGCGCAGUUACUCGCCGAUGCGGCUGCGGCGGGACGGGGAGGGGCGACGGUGAAGAUCAAUGAUGCGGACGCGGCGUUUACGUAUAAGACAGUUGGGACACCGAUGGCAGGUUGGUUUAGUGCGAAGCCACUUUUUGAUGUUAUCCAUCAGGAGACGGGGGUCUCGCGGAAUCCUGUAUCAUAA